CAACCACUUUUUGCCUCUGUGAUUUCCGUCAAGAAAAUUCCCCGUGGCUCUUUCCACGGCACAACAAGAUCAACUAAGACUCCUAUCAAACUGAGUCGACCUAUCCAUCAUGGAUAGAUUGAUGCGAGGCUCGUCGCGCGGACGCGGUCCGAGACGCAAUCGGAGAAACGGCGACAACAACGCUGGUGCAGGACCGGCAACCCAGAAUGCACAGAAUGCACAGAAUGCACAGACUGCACAGGUUCCACAGAUUGCACCCCUCCCGCGCGCAGACGCAGCGCCUCUCCUCGAACCCGUCCCCAGCGACACGCCGAGAUUCGCCGAUCUUGCCGCGAGGAACCUUGUCCAUCCCUCCCUCCUCCAGGCGAUCACUCUCGACCUCAAGUUCGACCACAUGAUGCCCGUCCAGGCCGCGACCCUUGACGAGCUGCUCCCGCCAACCCGUGGCGACUGCCUCGUGCAGGCCAAGACCGGUACCGGCAAGACCGUUGCCUUCCUCCUCCCCGCCAUCCAGACCAUGAUCAUGAAGAACCGCCCCGCCGGCUCCGGCAUUUCGCUCCUCGUCAUUUCGCCGACCCGAGAGUUGGCCAUGCAGAUCGCCAAGGAGGCCGAAGGGCUGCUGCAGCGGCUGCGCAAGUACCGCGUGUCCAUCGCCAUCGGAGGCACCAACAAGGACAAGGAAGAGAGGCAGAUUCUGGGCGGCUGCGACAUCCUGGUCGCGACACCCGGCCGGCUCUUCGACCACAUGUCGAACCCCGCCGUCAAGAAUACCUUCCGAAACCUCGACACGCUCGUGCUCGACGAGGCCGACCGGCUGUUGGACAUGGGCUUCAUGAACGCCCUGAAGGACAUCGUCCAGUGCCUGCCCGACAAGGCCGCCACCAACAGGCAGGGCAUGCUCUUCUCGGCCACGAUCGCGCCGCACGUCGAGCGGGUCGCCCUGCUGGUGCUGUCCCGCGGCUACAAGUUCAUCUCGACCAUCCCGGCCGGGGAGAUUAACACGCACGAGCGCGUCCCGCAGCAGCUCAUCACGGUACCCACAUUCGCAUCCGUGGCACCGGCCAUGGUCGGCUCGAUCCGCGAGGAGGCCGCCGCCGUCGGCGCGGCCGCCUUCAAGGCCAUCGUGUUUGCGCCGACGGCCGCGCUCGCCGACUUCUACGGGCACAUCCUAUCCAGCCUGAGCGACAUGCCGCAGGUGUCGAUCCUGCACUCGCGCAUCUCGCAGAACAAGCGCACCAGCGUGACCAACGCGUACCGCGACUCGGCGGCGGGCAUCCUGGUCGCCACCGACGUCGUCGCGCGCGGCAUGGACUUCCCGGGCGUCACCACCAUCUUCCAGGUCGGCAUCCCCAGCGAGAAGGAGUCGUACAUCCACCGCCUGGGCCGCACGGCGCGCGCCGGCGCCGAGGGCCGCGGCAUCUUCGUCGUCACCGACGCCGAGGCCUUCUUCCCGCGCUGGACCCUCAAGGAGAUCACCUUCUCGGCGCGCGCCGCGGACCUCUCGGCCGGCGCCGAGGUCGCCGGCAUCGCGGCCCGCAUCGACGACGCGCAGAAGGCGUCCAUCUACAAGGCCUGGCUGGGCUACUACAAGAACCACAUGAAGCCGCUGAAGUGGGACAAGGAGGAGCUCGUGGCCGAGGGGAACAGGUUCGCCCGCGAGGCGCUCCGCUCGCCCGACACGCCGCCCAUCCAGCGGAGCACCGUCGGGAAGAUGGGGCUGCGCGGUACGAAGGGGUUGGUGGUCGUCCCGGAUGCGCCGAGGACGCACCACGGUCGUGGGCCGGCGGGUGGUGGUGGCGGCGAUGGGGGAGGCGAGGGGCGCGGUGGUGGUGGUGGUGGCGGUGGGCGCAGGGGCCGUGGCAGGAGAGGCGGAAGCCGCGGUUGAGCGGGCCUGUGUGCUGUGCUUUCUUUUUUCCUAUUGUCUCUGCGGUUUGGGCGCUUGAUGGCAUUUGUUGAUGAGAUGAUGAGAUGAUACCUCAUUGCUCUGCUUUGACCUCGUCAGAUUGGGCAGACCUUAUGUCUGCGCUGACUUGCUUUGGCGGAGCAUUCUCUUUCCUGGCAGCACCAUAGAAUACGUCCUUUAAUAGACUCUUUCAGCC